AUGAUGCUCACCACCGUUUUAGCCGGUGGUUCGACAAUGGGGUUCCGACCCACCACGGAAGGGAAAUCCUCACGACGUUUCAGAGUCUUUGCCGAUGGCUUUCGGAGUUUUAUUCCCAAAGAAGUGGAGAAAAUCAAAGACCCAUAUGCUCGAAUGUUGGCCACAAGGAUUGACAGGCUGCCUGUGCACGUUAGCUUCUCAGAGAGUUGUAUCACGAGCAGUUGUGUGAAGCCCGUGAUACAGGUCAAAACAAAUCCAGUGGUUCUUCUGCAUGGUUUUGACAGCUCCUGUUUAGAAUGGAGAUACACACUUCCAUUGCUUGAGGAGGCUGGUUUGGAGACCUGGGCUGUCGACAUGCUUGGGUGGGGCUUUUCCGACUUAGGAAUGCUUCCUUCGUGCAGUGUGGCUUCCAAGCGUGAUCACCUUUACCAGUUCUGGAAGUCACAUAUUGAAAAGCCAGUGAUAUUAGUUGGACCAAGCCUUGAAGCAGCCGUUGCAAUCGACUUUGUACUCAACCACCCAGAAGCUGUUGAUAAGCUGAUUUUGAUUGAUGCCAGUGUUUAUGCAGAAGGAACAGGAAACCUGGCAAAAUUACCUAAAGCAGCUGCCUAUGCUGGGGUCUCACUGUUAAAGAGCACUCCCCUGCGCUUGUAUGCAACUUUUUUGGCUUUCAAUGGUCUUUCAUUCAAAACUUGCUUAGACUGGAUGAAUGUGAGUGUCAGCAAGUUUAUGUUCUUGCAAUAG